ACUGGACGUAUAAGUGAGAGGAUGAAGUUCCAAAAGACAGGAGUACAGGAUCAACUAAUGGAACUGCCGCUUCCGACAAAAACGCCAAUAACGACAGGAACGAAACUAUGCGGUAAGGUGCAGCAGGUCGUGUUCAAUAUGACGGAGGCGUUUGGGGAAUGGAAGUGCAGGUUGGAUCCACUGGGGUCCUGA